CAGAAACAGUCAUUUCAGCAGGAGAUUGUCCAUCAGCUCAACAUGAGCUUCAUCAUGAAGCUCUGUUUUCUGCUGCUGUUCGGGAGUGUGAUCUUAGCACAAGGAAAACCUGACGACAGAAGAUUUUGUUUGAGGCAGAAAACCCGCUUCAAAAACCUUAAGCAAUAUUUUUACAACUAUGAAGCUGAAACCUCCAAUGGAAUAGUUGGGACUGAAAACUCACGAUCUGGUGUCAGGAUAUCUUGCACAGUAGAACUUGAAGUUCCUCAGUACUGUGCCUACUCCAUGCGGACAAAUGCAUGCACCCUGAAGGAAGUGCAGAGCAUCAGUGCUGAUGGCAAACCCAUCUUUCGGCUUUCUAAGGACACUGAAGAGUUUCAACAAGCUAUGUCCAAGUAUGAGCUGAAAUUCACAACAGUAAAUGGACAUAUGGGUGUCAAUCUGUACCCAAAUAAAAAUGAACCAACCAACAUUCUCAACAUCAAGAGAGGAAUCAUUUCUACUCUUCUGGUGCCCGUGGAGUCUAAUGAAGAUGUACAGACAUUUGACACAGCUUCUGUUUAUGGAAAUUGCACAAGUGAAAUCAUAGUGGACAGCAGAGUAGACGGUGUUGCUACUCAUAUUACAGUUGGAAGGGAUCUAACCGCUUGUAAUAGAUUUACACCUAUUACAGACCACAGGAGUCCUUUGGCACUGAUUACAGGAAUGCAUGUACCUGCCGCAUCCUUGCUGGACAGUAGUCAAUCUUGCAGCUAUUCCCUUGAUGGGAAGAAGCAUAUAAUAGAAGCCACCUGCAAUGAAAAACAUAUCUUGUUGCCUUUCUCGCAGAAAAGUCAGUAUGGAGCUGCAUCACAUGUAAAGCAAACACUUCAACUAAAAGUAGUCAAUGCAUCUAAUAACAGACACUUUACUGAUGAUGAGUCAACAAUCAGAAAAGAACUGACUUUGGAGCACAUGGAGAGCAGGGUAAAGAAUGCAGAUUUUGCACUGUCAGCAUUACAGAAUCUGGUCAGUCUGUCAGAGAGUGGUCAGAACGAACAAAGAGCCAGUCUGUUCCAAGCAUUUGUUGUGGAAUUGAGGAGAAUGGAGAAAGAUGCACUUGAGACUGCUUUACCUAAAUUCUUCAAAAUGGAAAUGCCCAGGUCUAUUACUGUUCAAGCACUUAUGCAGUGCGGCACUCCAGAGUGUUUUGGUGCAAUCCUGAAACUUCUACAAAGUGAACCAAUCCCUCAGUUGGUGGCAGACACAGUUAUCUAUGCCAUAGGACUUAUGGCUUCACCAUCUGAAAGUAGGAUACAGGAAGUCCUUAAUCUGGCAAAGUUCCGGCAAACACGGGGUACAUUUUAUGCCUUGAGUCACACAGUAAGAAAAUUUUAUGAGGAAACAAAGUCUGUAGUGCCAGAACUAAAGGCAGUUGUGGAUUACUUGAUGUCCAUACUUGGAAGUGACUGCUCUGGAGAUGAAGACACGAUCUACCUGACUCUGAAGGCUCUGGGAAACAUGGGACAGGCAAUGGAGAAUGCAAAUCCUGAAAUUAAGCAAACUCUAAUAAAAUGUGUUAAAAACUCGAAAGUCUCUUCCAACAUUCAGCAAGCUGCAGUCCAAGCUUUCAGAAAAAUGAACUUGACUGAUGAGAUUCGCUCUGCGCUUCUUCACAUGUACACAGAUGAAAAAUCCCCUGUGCUGAGGAGACUAAGAGCUUACCUCAUAGUGAUGAAAGAUCCAUCAUCAAGUAAUCUGAGAAGAAUCAUCAGAAACCUAGGAAAGCUUGACAAUGUCCAAGUUCAGAGCUUCGUUUCCACUCACAUGAGAAAUAUUCUCAAAUCUGAGGAUCCUGCAGUGCAAACGCUGAAAAAGAAAUUAUCAGAUGCUCUAAAAGACACUAAGCUCACAGCACCAAGGAACUUUAAGAGAUUGUCUAGAAACUAUAAUGUGUAUAAAAAAUUUAAAAUUCCAAGAGUAGACAGUCCCGUGGAAGCUGGAUUACAAAGCAAUGUCAUUUUUGAGCCAGAAAAGAAUAUGCCAAGUGCAGUAAUGCUGGAAACUACUUUAAAUGCUUUUGGUAAACCCAUUGAUCUUUUUGAGUUUGGUCUGGAUGGCAAUGGAUUUGAACCAUCCUUGGAGGCAAUGUUUGGACCAAAAGGAUUUUUUCCAGACAGUGCCAUGAAGGCACUGUACUGGAUGGAUGGUAAAAUGCCAGAGAAGGUAUCACAAACGCUGUUUAAUUGGUUUGGAAUGAAUAAAGAGGUUGAAGAGUCAAAACAAGACGUAAUGAACGAGCUGUCACACAAUUUCAGAAAUGUGUUAAAUGAGCUUGAAACUCAAAUGCCGGAAGUAGAAGCUUUCUUGAGAAUAUUUGGAAAUGAGCUGGGAUAUAUUAAAGGCAGUGAUUUCAAAUUACUGAGAGAAAUGAUGUCAACAGGUUUUCAACUAUUCCAAAGUCUACCAGCAAAGCUUAUCCCAGCUCUACAAAAGGGUAUAAAUGCUGACAUGUUUGCUCAUUACAUCUUCAUGGACUCUCAGAUUAAUCUCCCCACUGGAGCUGGACUUCCUCUUAAACUGUCUAUGUCAGGUACAAUUGCACCUGGUGGAAAAGCGGGGAUAAAAUUUGCAGGACAGAAGAUUGAAGGUCUGAUCAAACCAGCAGUCGCAAUUGAGUUUGCAGCCCAGAUGGGAAUCAAUGUGCCUACUUUUGUCAGAAAUGGAAUACAGAUUAAUUCUAAUUUGUAUCAUGAAUCUGGUUUUGAGGCAUGGAUCAGGACAAAUAAUAAUCAAAUAAAAUUCAGCAUUCCAGCACCCAAAAAACAAACCAAACUCUUCAGUGUUAGAAAUAAACUGUCUCUGCUGCAUAAUAUAAAAACUGAAGAAAUUGAAAUGCUGAAGAACAAUGAACAAAAAUGGACAACAUGCAAGCCAUUGUUAUCAGGACUUGAAAUUUGCCCUAGCAGCGAAUACAGAGAAGCAGGUUUACUUGACAAUGUACCCAGUAAUCCACUGACUGUAGAAUCAAGGUUUGUAGUUUAUGUCCGACCCACAGGCACGGUAGAAAGCUAUUCUGCAUCAGCAACUUAUCAAUCACAGAAAAUCAAUGAAGAUUUGGAGCACUCUCUCAAGCUUGCUGUUGAGGUUGAAGGCAGUGAAAAUACAGAGGUUGCAGCUGAAAUUAAGUACAAUGCCAAAAAGCAAGUAUUAACGGGAGAUGUUCACAUUCCAAACUUUGACCUGGAAGUAGGCGUGAAACUAGGAGUUGAAGACAAAUCUGCAUUGAAGAGGAAAGCAUACGCUGUUAAACUCGAUUUCACAAACAGAAAAGUGCCUGAAGUGUCCCUGAUCGGCCGUGCAAGUUAUGAUGACGAACAGAAAGAUCUCUCACUGCAGUGUCUCUUUGCUAUUCCUGACCUCGAAAUUAAUGCAAAUAUUGGGACUCAGAUUCGCCAUCCAUCUGAUGAAUGGUUCACUGCAUUCAAUGUGGAAGCUUCAGUUCCAUAUUUUAAGGCUUCUUAUGAUACUAAUCUAAAAUAUGGUGCCAAGAACAUUCAAGUUGCAUGGAGCUCAGAUGUAAGCUCUGAUCUGAAACCAAUUAAUGAGAAAAUUACAAACAUCAAAAUGCCUGACAUGUCUGAACACAAGAGGACUGUGAAUGGUCACCUUGAUAACUUCUUAGAUUGGAAAGUUCCUCAAACUGAUAUGACAGUCAGGCACAUCGUUUUCGAAUCAAUGAAGGCUGUCAAUAAUUCAUUGCAGCAGGCCACUUCUAGCAUUCCAUAUGCUGCCACCUUACAAAGCAAAUUGCAAGUUCUACAGAACAUAAAUUUCGACCAAAUGAAAACAUAUUUUACUCUUCCAGAAAACCUAUUUUUGAAGAGUCAUGGAUCCAUUGCAGGCACAUUUAGCGACAAGAAGAAGACUAUUAAAAUUCCAAUUCCUUUUGGUGGAACAGUGAUUGAAAAACAUCCGUUAUUCUCCAAAGCUUUGGAAGUACAACCAAUGGUCAUGAAGGUGUUUGGAUUGAAUUCACAAUUCAAUGAAAAUGACAAUCCACGAAGAAUUUCAACUCCAGCCACUACCAUUCCAAAAACAUACCAUCUGCGAAUUCCUUUAAUUGAAAAGUUUCAAUUUUCCACCAACAUGAAUAGCAAUUAUUACAAUUGCUCCUCUAAGUUCAUGACUGAAUACAAUGCAAAUAAAGACAGUCAAAAAUAUUCUACUGAAGUAGAUAUUCAUGCAGUCUCAACAUUGGAUUUUCUGUCCUAUCAUCUGACGGGUUCUAUCCUUUCAAAUCAAAAGGCUGAGGACGAGUUUACUCGCAGUAUCUCUUCAAAAUUUCAACAUACACUACUCAAGUCUGAAAUGAAUCUAUUACAAGAGUUUAAAUAUUCAGAUCACAUGGAAACUGAAAUGACCUAUGACUGGCUUGCAAGCAGUGACCUAGGAGCACAAGCUUCUUUGCUUUCAAAAUUUAAGGUUGUCAAUGAAUCUCCAAGUAUAAAAAUAGAAGGAGUAGGAAAAGGAACUUUGAACAUAUCUUCAUAUGACUGCACCUGGACUCAUAGAAUGUCACAAACGAUUAAUGAGAUUAAUGGUGAAUUUAGUGGUGAUUCUAUUUCAAACAUUAAUUCAUUUUUGAUCCAAGUUAAUAACAAGAUGGUUAACAGUUACAAAGAUAAUGUUUUCAUGUUUGAAUCAAGCACGGAUGGAUCAUGGUCACAUUUGAACAAUCUCAUUAAACUAACAGCAAGCGCUAAGAAAUUUGAACUGACCUGUGAUACUAUGGGUCAUUCCAAUAAUGGUGACUUCAACAGUAAGAUAAAAUUGACUGCCGACACUGAGACGCUGAAGAUGGAGAACAACCUGAGAGCUGUGCUGUUUGGUGUUUCCCUAAUUACUAUGGAUGAACUUAAAUAUUCUAAUCGUGAAUUUACUGCAUGCUUGAAAACAACAGGAAAAUACAACGAGAUGACUGCAACCAACAACCUCCUACUUUUGUUAUCAAUAAAGAAUGUUACAGUUGAACAUAAGUGGAACACACAAUACUAUGACAAGAUUUUCCACAACAUCCUGGCUGCCACAUUUGAUGAGCAUGGCCUCAAGGCAAUGUCAGAGACUGGCUUCCCUGGUGUAAGAAACCGAGGAAUUCUGCAAAUUGCUAAAAGUGGUUUAUCAACUGAAGUGAUCUCAAGUGUAGGAACACCUUCUUUUAUGGUGACCCAGAAUUUCAGCAUGAACAUUAAUCAAGAAGGAGCUGUCAUGAACUUCGGUAUCAGUGAUGAAACAAAUAAUGUGAUUAAUUUAAAUAUUAAAGGAAGGGCAAACAGUAAUGGAAUAAACACCAACAGUUUUUACUCAAGUCUUACCCUGAAAUCUCAUGCAACAAAUAGCAUUGAUCUCCAAUUCAGCAAAGAGAAAGGGUUGAUACUUCAUACGACAACAAAAGCAUUUUUCAAACAAGCUCAAUUUAACCAUGUACAUCACCUUUCUAUUGAUUCUUGGACAUUAAGUGCAUCAGACACAAUUGAGGCGAGCAGCUCUUUAGAUUCUAAUAUCAAAUACCAGCAGACAUCUCAAGUGGACAUGCAACCUUUCACAGUUUCAAUCAGUUUUGACAACAGAUUCAACUAUCGACAGUUAAAUGCUUCUCAUGUUAUGCAACUUUCACUCGAACCUUUGAAGCUUGAAUUUAAGGGUGAAUUGGCAGGAUCACAGAAUGACAAUCAUGUGGCUCAUAGUUAUAUUUUGAAAUGUGCUAACUGGAAAGCUUUAUUAAGUGCAAACACAACCGGACAAUUAGAAAAUAUGAAUCUUAACCAGAAGACGAAUUUGGAAAUUAAUGGAUUUUCUGCAAUAUUCUCAAGUGAUGCAUUUUACAAUUCAAGAGCACUGCAGUUUCGCAAUAAGGUACUCUGUACAGCUAUUCCAUUUGUGUUUGCAUUUGAAGCUGAUGCCUCUGCUAAAGGACUUAUUGAAUUUUGGGGCUUUCACAAUGGAGAGCUUAGCAACAAGCUCCAAAUGAAGGCUGAGCCAUUAGCACUCGCACUUCAUCAUAACUUCAAAGGAACUUCUGAACAUAAAAUGCCUUAUCGAGAAUUGUUAAAGUCACUUCUGGAAAGCAAUUUAAAUGUUUUGCUCAUUCCAACUGAGCAGACCAGCAAGUGGGCACUGAAGAGUCAGUUAAACAAUAGUACUUACAUGCAAACAAUUGACGCCUACAACAACCCAGAAAAAAUUGGGAUAGAUGUUGCAAAUGUUGCAGAGAUUGAUUUUAGUUCCCUAAUCCCCUUGAGGGAAGUUUAUUUCCUUCCCUUUGACAUACUGAAUUCUAUUGAUCUAACUGAGCUUCAGAAAUUUCAAAUUUCAGGCAAUUUGAAUUAUGACAAAAACGGGCACGUUCAUGUUAUUAACAUACCAUUAUUGAAAAACCUGCCCCUUUACCUUAAGUCAUUUAUGAAAAGCAUUCAGUAUCACUUGAAGGAAAUUAAAUUGAGUCAAUUUGUCCAGAAAUGCAAGAAAGGUUUAGGCCAAGUGAAUGAUUUCAUCAAGGGUGUGGAUUUAAAUGUCAUGAUUAAUGAAGCAAAAGAUAGAUUAUUGACAUUUGUAACAGAUUAUCAAUUAGUCGAACACUUUCAGUUUGUUCUAAUGGACUUUCACAACAGCACAUGUAUUAAACUGCAAAACGUCAUUUCAUAUCUGAAAGAAUGUGACAAAACCCAAUUGAAGGAGACCAUGGAACAUGUCAUAAACCUAACUGUAAAUGCGUUACAACAAUUAACCGAAAAAUCUGACAGCAUUAUCAACCGAAUUCUGGAAUUUCUCCAGACAUUUGACUUGAAUGCUGUACAAAAUGGCAUUUCUGAUUGGAUUCAGGAAUUUGACACAAAACAUCAAAUUAAGGCUCAACUUCAAAUUAAGUUAGAGGAACUACAGAAUGAACUUCAGAGAAUUAAUUUUCAGGAAAUCAGUAAUAAAUUAAGAAAGCUAAUUAAUUUUAAUGCAAUCAUUGAAAAAUUAGAACAAUAUUUGAAUACAUAUAAUCAUGAGACAAAGAAAAUAAUUGAGAAUAUGCAUCAGGGACUUUUAUGGCUGUUGGAGCACUAUGAAAUUAGUGCUAAAAUUAGCAGCAUUAAUGCCAAGAUACAGAAAAUGAUCAAUAUAUAUAAAAUUGACACCUUAGCUCAGAAAGUUUUAAAUGAAACAGUUAACCUCAUUAAAUCUCUGAAGGUAAAGGAAACAAUACAAGGAAUUAUUACUACUCUUAAAAAGAUUUCUGUGAAAUCACACAUUGACAGAGCAGUUCAGUACAUUGAUAAAGCAAUUGAACAGAUAGAGUUAUAUGAUUACCAAGCAUUGAUUGACAAGGUUAAUGAGUUCUUUACCACUCUUAUUACUAAGUUGAGGCAGUUUGAUUAUAAUGGUUUUGUUGAUCAAACAAAUGUUCAGAUCCAAAAUAUAGUCAAUACAGUCAAGGAUAAGAUGGAGGACGUAGAACUAUCACAGAAAGUUGAGGCAGUAAAAAAGAGUGUGCGAGAAAUUCAGUCUAUUUUUACGCAUUACGCUCUCCAACUGAAACAGAAAAAUUUGAAUGAAUUAGUCAGCUCACUGACCGAUGUGCUCAGAAGUAUAGCCCUCUCGCUUCGCAGUUUUGUGGAAACUUCAUAUGGAGACACAAUUGAGGAACUCUUUCAUCAGAUGAGUAGAAUGAAUAUUCAUGAGGAACUGCAAAGACAAUGGUGGAUUGCUGUGAACUACUGGGAAAUAGUUACUAUCCACCUCUCAACAGCGUACGAUGAAGCAGUGAAUAAAAUUAGAAAUUUGGCAGAGAAGCACAACAUUACAGAAAUAGUGGACCAAAUCUUAAAAUAUCUGGAUGAAGGUUUUAUUUUUCCAGAACUGGACAUGGGCUUCAUGUCUGUACCUGAGUUUGAAAUAAGCAUUCGGGCUUUCAGAAAAGCAGAGUUCAACACUCCAUCAUUUAUCGUGCCUCUAACAAAUCUAAAAAUUCCAUCCUAUCAUGUCAACUUAAAGAACCUGCGUGACGUCAGGAUUCCUGCUAAAAUUGCUGUACCAUCGUUCAUCAUCUUGGAUUUAAUAACUGUCCCUGAUUUCACAAUUGAUCUUGAAAAGAUGAAGAAUGUUACUGUCACCUUCGUAAAAAAUAUUUGGAAUUUUGACUUUUCCAUUGGAGAACUCAAUACCUUUCCAGAUGUAAGUUUCCUAAAAAGCAUCUUGCCAGAUGUGAAAUUUCCUGAAAUCGAUUUCAGCGCAUUCAACAUGCCGGAUAUUAAAAUUCCAAAAGUGAAUUUGGACAACUUCAUGUCAGAUGACAUUAAGAUUCCAGAAUUCCAACUUCCUCAAAUUCCUCAUGAAGUAUCAGUUCCUGCAUUUGGAAAACUCACGGGAACAUUCAUUAUUGACUCUCCCAUCUAUGGACUUGAUACAAGGGCAGGUAUUCAUAAUACUACAGUUGUACAAAACAGCACCAAAAUUCUGGCUUUUAUCACAGCAAAGAGCAAGUCAAGCAUAAACAUCCUAUCCUUCAACUUUGAAGCAAACGGGCAACUGUCAUCUCCUGAGCAAACUCAUUUGGAACUCAAUGAAAGGAUAACGCUUCACCACAGUGCUAUCAAUGUUGAUCACAUGGGUGACCUUACUUUCACAAGACCCUCUGUGAAUGGAAAAGCAAAGACCACUGUAACAAUUACUACUGAAGUCUAUAAUGCAGAAAUAAUCAAUAUUUUAACAGAAACGAAAAUGGAGACAACUUACAAGCAUAGACUCUCUGUUCCACGGCAACAAUUCUCAAACGAUGUUUCUCUUCACAACACUAUUCAAAGCUCAGUUGAUGAAAUGAAUGCAGCCUUGUCUGUCAUAACGACUGGGAAUGGAAACUUGUCUUUUCGGAGCUUUCUCGAUGAAGGAACACACCACAGUGAACUGAAGUUAAAUUUGAAUGAACUUGCUCUUCUCAUUACGUUCUCGGGUGACACCCUCAGCAAGUACAUAAUGCUGAAACAAAAUUUCAAGACCGAGGUCUUUUCCUCAUUUACUGCCAAAUUAGAUUUGAAAGCAGAAACAAACUUGGACCGCUUUGUGCGUUGUACCAUCAAUGUAAAUGGCAAAGCAGAUCUGGCAUCGUUAAAGAUGGAAUUGAGAGGAUCUCACAAUUCUACACUUAAUGGUUUAGCAGUAGGUCCAGUGGAAAAUUCAUUUCACUUUACAGCAGAACCAUUUUCAAUUGACUUUAUAGCAAAGAAUAAUGCCAAUGUAAAGCUUUAUUUCUUUAUGGCACUCCCUGGAAAAAUAGAGUACCUGAAUGACUAUGCAUUAGUGCUAAAACCAAAUGAACAGCAAUUCACAUGGGAAGUAACUUCUUCUUUCAAUCAGUACAGGUAUAUACAUGAAAUGUUUGUAAAGAAUAGUGAAGAAAGUAUCAAUAUGUAUCUUACACUGAAUGGCAAUGCAAAUCUUGAUUUCCUAACCAAACCUAUUUCCAUUCCGACUAUGUUAUUACAUCCUUAUUUCUCAUUCAAAACUCCUGUUGUUCGUAACUUUUCCUUAUGGGAACAUGCUGGACUGAAAUCCUUCUUGAGAACAACCCGACAGUCAAUCACCCUUAGCAUGAAGAGUGAAUACAAAAAGAAUAAAGACUUCCAUAAUUUCAAGCUGAACAUGAAGCCUGUUUAUAAUCAGAUUAAUGGUUAUCUUCCAUUCUUUGUUGCAAAAUUUGAAGGGGCAAGAAACAACAUCUUGAACUUACUACAGAAAAUAGAGUCUAGUAGAUUGCAAGUAAACCCUUCAGGCAAAAAGCUUCAUUUACCAGGGUUUACUAUACCAGGACUGAAGAUUGAUGUAUCCCCCUUUAGACUAGAAAUCCCAACAUUCAUCUUUGUUACUGCUAGAACUAUUACAACGCCUACAUUUACGCUUCCCAUUAUUAAUUUUAUUAUGCCUUCGUACAAUUUUGUAAUACCAUCUCCUGAAUUAACAUUGGUACACAUACCUGACAGUUUAUAUACAUUAACACUACCCAAGAUGAAAAUGCCCCGUAUACAAGAUACCAUCAAGAUUCCUGCUAUGGGCAAUUUGACUUCUGAUUUCUCAUUUAAAUCAAGUCUAGUGACUCUGAGCGCUCAUGUAGAACUCUUCAACCAGACAGACAUAAUUGCUCGCUAUAGUACCUCAUCUUCAUCUAUCUUCACUUCAAACUUCAAAGCAGAAGGAACAACAAGCAUGGCAAGACGGCGAGGUCUGAAACUAGCAACAACUAUUUCUGUUGAUCAUGACACCAUUCGUGGAAAGCAUGACAGCACCAUAAGUUUAACAAGGAGGAACAUGGAGGCUUCAGUAAGUACAGAAGCAUCAAUUAAACUUAACACCGUCGAUCUAACCUUCAAACAUGAUCUGAAAGGAAAAGCAAAGUCAAAGCCUAACUUGUCAUCAAAGAUGUCUCUUCAGUACAGACUGUCCAUGCCUUUAAAAAUAAACGUUAAAGGAAAUGCCUCCCAUUCUCUCACCUUAGCAGACUUUACAUCUUACUUGAACUUAGAAACUUCAACUAAUGCUCACAUUGAUGGAACUGUCCAAUCGAAAAACAAAUUUUCUGGCAGCUUGAACAAUGAUGCAAGUAUUUAUCUUGGUUCAAAUAAUACACGUUCCAGUGUGAAACUUGAAUUAAGUUCAUCCAUUGACACAGCUUCUGGCAAUUCUUGGAAGAUUGCAACAAAUGAAAACUUUGCUGUGGCAGGAUCCACGUCUCAUCUUUUUGCCAUCUGGGAUCACUCAGGUGAUAAUAUGGUAACACUUGUACCAACAUUCAAAACAAAAGGUCAUCAAAAAUCUAAAAUCACAUUAGAAUUGUCAUUCUGGAAUUUGAUCGCUGAGUUGCAUAGCGUGAUUUAUCAACCCAGUAACGUGUGGGAUAUGGCAGAUAUACAAUAUGAUGUGAGUGUAGCCAUCAAACCAACGAUCCAAGAAGUGAAAUGGAAUAAUAAUGGUCACCUCCUUUCAGCAGGUUUCAGUGAUAAUGUGGAAAUAUUGAACAAUGGAGAAAAAAUACAUCUUGGCAUGGUUGGUUCCUUGCAGGGAUAUUUGAAUUUUUUGAAAGAAAUUGAGCUUCCAGUAUAUGAAAAAAACUUGUGGGACAUACUGAAAUUUGACUUGACUACAGCUGAAGAGAAGCAACAAUACUUAAAUGUGUCUGCAUCAAUAGAGCUUAUAAAGAAUGAGAAAGGUUUCAUAAUCCCUUUGCCAGUACAGGUAUUAGCUGAUGGUCUAAAGAUAAAUAUUCCUGAGAUUACCCUUCGUGUUCCUGAUGCAAUCAAAAAUGCACCGGAACUGAUUAAUAAUCUACUUCCAGAAAUUGAAAACGUUCACAUUCCUGAUGAAGUUGAGAUUCCAGAAAUCAGAAUACCACUGAUAAACAUUCUUGUGCCAUCCUAUAAGUUACAGCUUUCAGAAAUGAAACUGCCCAGAAUAAUCAUCACUCCCCAGUUUACAGUUCCAUACACUACCCUUCAGGUACCAUCAUACACCAUUAACUUAAGAGAGAUUGCCAUCCCAUCAGAGAUAAAUGUUCAUCCAUUUGAAGUAUCAUUGCCAAAUUUGCCGACAGUUAGCCUGCCUAAAGUGAGCCUUCAUUCGACUUACAUUGAACUUGAGCAUUACCUGGAAGUGACUGUCUCAGAAUUCAAAAUCAUGAUUUCUCAGUUUACUCUACCAAAAUCCUUUGGAAAUUACUUGCAGCUGGACAAUAUUACAAAGCAAAUUGCAGAUUUUGAGCUACCAACAAUAACAAUCCCAGCAAAAACAGUGGAGAUUCCAGCACUGAAGUCAAGACUACCCCUAGCACUUGUUCUACCAUCAUUCAAGUCUUUAACUGGAAAAGUCAAAGUUUCAUCACCGAUAUACAAUACUUCAUGGAUUACAAGUGUGAAAUCGGAUCAAAAUAAAGCAGACGUCUUAACUGCAACAGCGGAAGCAACAUCGAGUUCCACAUUACGGUUUCUGGAAUAUGAAUUAAGUGCAACCAUAGCUUUAAAUAGUAUUGAUAAUACCUACAAACUUCUUGAAACAUACGAAUUUUCCCAUCCUGACUUAAGUGUCAACUGGCAACAGAAUUGUACUUUUAAGUAUUUGGGACUACCAAGUUCACUGCGAAUAGAUGUCAAGAGCCCAACAUUCACAGACCUGAGCGUUCGGUGGCAGGAGAAUAAUGGUAGAGUUUCUUCAUCAGUCUCCUCUCCAUCUGCUGGAUUCUUAGGAAUGAUAGUCCAAAAGAAAAAGUCAAAUGUCCUGUAUGCAAAGCUGUAUGUCCAUAAACCGAAAUCUUCUGACUUAGUUAUUUUGGACAGUAAAGUUUCACUGGAGAAUCCGGAAUAUAUUCAAGUGGAGUUCAACUGGAGUAAUAAUGUUACCACAGAUAUGGUGAAUGGCCUGAAGGAGAGAACGCCCAAGAUGAUUCAAGCUGUCUAUAAUUGUGUAAACAAGUAUCACAAAGAACAUCUCGGAAUAGAAAUGAGUGUUGUCUCCUCAAAAGCCAAAGACUUGAUGAAACAGAAUGUUGACAAACUAUACAAAAAAACAAUCAAUGGCCUUAAAGAAUUAGAUGAUCAUCUCCAGUCUACAGUUGAUAAUAUCACUUCAAACUAUCAAUUGCUGAAAGAGAAAACAAAGAAAUUAUACAAGAGAGCCGCAGCCAAAGUAACAAAUGUAGACUUUGAGCAAAAGAUUACCGAAUUAUUGGACAUGAUCUCAAAUUUAAUGAAAGAGUAUCAAAAUAAGUUGAAUGAAUUAAUUAAUGAAGCAAUUAAGUUUCUAAAAUACACCAAGUUGCACCUGCCUGGACUUGCUGAUCAGUUUACAGGGCAACAGCUUUACAAUAAAACCAUGAAGCAGGCAAAGCAAUUUAUCAACAACUUCAAUAACUUUAUCGAAAUAGAUCUUAGAGAUGCAGUCAAAUAUGCAAAACGGUUUGAGAUGAGGUUCCCUAUUAAUGAUACAAUUGUUAAAGCUUCAGAGAUACUUUCUCACUUGAGUACAUUUCUUAAACAAGUUGAAAUCCAGUUGCUUGAACUUGUGAGGUUCAUUGAUAGUCUUGACAUUGAACAAUAUCUAAAAGGCAUUACACAGGCAGAAUUAAUGAGUGUGAACUUCAAAUCUGUGAAAGCAAAAGUAAACCAGUUGUACAAUGAAACUGUAAAUCUUGCCUAUGCAGAUAAGUUGCAAACAGUUGCAGGUCAUUUGAAAGAAUACCUUCUAAAGGUUGUUGAAGAAAACCAAGUCCUCCUUCCAGAAAAGAUUCGGGAAGUAGGAUCCCACGUGAAGUCAUUUUUUGAUAAAUAUGUCCCUCAAUCCUGGUUUAGCUGUACGGAAAAGUGCAAAGAAAUUGAAGAAAAGUUAAUUGAGUUGUUGAACAGACUAAUGGAGUUUAUAAAAGAGAAGGGUCCAAAAUUAAUUAAUGCCAGUAUUAGAAGUGCCAGUAAUUUGAAGCAUGAAGCAACAAAAUUCGUGGCAAAUUCUACAGCAUUUUUCAAUAACUAUUUCAAGGAUAAGCAUGCUUACUUUCAAGAAAUUAGUGAAAAAAUAAUUCCUGACUAUUUUCAAGUAACCAAAAAAGAGUUGGGUGAUAUAUUUGCAGACAUCAAGAAGCACACAACUACAUAUAAACGGACAAUAAAAACUAAAUUAGAUGAAGCUGUUGUUUACUUAAGUGGAAGAUAUGAAAACCUGAUUGCUCAAGGAAAUUACUCAUUUGAUUGGUUUAUUGAAAACUGGAUCCAAUUUACUGAAUACCUAUUUAGGUUCUUGGAACAGAUUGCAAACAAACUGACUGAUGGAAUUGAGUUAUACGUACAAAGGCAACCUGAACAGCUUAUAAUUAAUGUUCCACACCAUCUUCAAUGGAAAUCGUUUGAUGAAAUGCCUCAAUUGAAAGAAGGAGCAUUGAACCAGUUAAAUGUAACAAUUACCAAGGGACAGCAAGUCCUUCAAAGAGGCACUGCUUUAGCAUGGGAACUGUUUAUGGAGAACCAUCAGAAAGAUAAAAAGCUGCUGAAGGGAAAGAGAACAAAGAGCGACAAAUCAACUUUUUAAAAUUUGUCUGAAUAUUUAAAGUUGUUGUGAAUCAAACAAUGUAACAUGCAUAAUGUACCAUGCUUGUGAAUGAAAAAUAAACAAUCAUGUUAUUUCAGCUUUCUAAUGAAAAUAAAUAUAAACUUCUUAAUAA